GAUUGAUUUGAGACUUUGUGCAGCACUUCGCGAGCGGGGUGGCCACAGUACGAGUAUCUCAUAUCCAUUUUGCUCACCCUAGCUCCCGAAUCGUUGCAGUGUGAUCGCUGCAGUUAGAUACUAUCUACAAUUCCGGUUUUUUUGAGUGGCGAGGGCGAAGAUUUGGUCCGCUGAAGUGGUUUGUGGAGCGUUGUGAACUACACGGGAGGUCGUUGCGCAGCAGUUUGAUGAUCAUUUUGGGGCGCGGAGGGUUUCGUUGUGGCCCUCAGGUGAUGUGCUGUGCAGCAGUACGGUGGUGACAAAAUUGAAAGUUUUGAGUUAGGGAUUUAGACAGGAGUUUCAAGCAUGGCGGAAGUUCAAGAGGCGCCGCAGGCGCCGCACAGUAUUGUACCGCCGGGAAUGGCUGCAGAGGAGGACAAGCCACGAAUCCAGUUGAAUAUCGACUGGAGUAACGUGGAUUUGGACUCCAUUAUGUUGCCCCCCGGAGAUGAUAUGGGCAUCAAGAGUGAUGACGAAGAGGAGGAGGAGGAAACCUUAGAAACUGACACAGGUUUUGGCAAUGUUAUCGUUGUUGAUAACUUGCCGGUCGUAGCUUCUGAGAAGUACGAAAAGCUUGAGGGUGUCAUUCGCAAGAUUUUUGGACAAAUUGGUGCUAUCACUCCCAAUGGACUCAUGAUGCCACGGGAUGAGUCUGGCAAGACCAAAGGUUUUGCUUUCAUCGAGUAUAGUACUCCCCAGGAGGCACAGACAGCUCGUGAGCAGACUAAUGGCUACAAGCUUGACAGGUCGCACGUCUUUGUCGUGAACAUGUUUGACGACUAUGAUAAGUACAUGAAAGUGCCUGAUGAGUGGAAUCCCCCGGAAAUCAAGCCGUACACUCCUGGAGAAAAUCUCGUUGCCUGGCUCACAGAUGAUCGUGGUCGGGACCAGUUUGUUAUUCGUUUUGGAUCUGAGACGGAGGUCUACUGGAACAAUGCAAGUCAGGGGAAGCCUGACCCAGUGUAUCACCGCACCUUCUGGACAGAGAGCUUUGUGCAAUGGUCACCUUUGGGAACCUAUCUGGCAACUAUUCACAGGCAGGGUGCUGCAGUAUGGGGUGGCGAGAAGUCCUUCAAUCGUCUCAUGCGUUACAUCCAUCCCCAGGUGAAAUUGAUUGAUUUCUCUCCAGGAGAAAAAUUCAUGGUAACAUACAGCAGUCAUGAACCCAGCAACCCAAGGGACACUCAGAGGGUUACCUUGAUGGUUUUUGAUGUUCGAAGUGGCAAGAUCCUCCGUGAGUUCAAAGGCAGUGCAGAUGACUUUGCCACUGGUGGUACCGGUGGUAUUGCUGGUGUUUCAUGGCCUGUGUUUCGGUGGGCUGGUGGGCGUGAAGACAAGUACUUCGCUCGAAUUGGUAAAAACGCUAUUAGUGUGUACGAGACUGAGACGAUGGGCCUGUUGGAUAAAAAAUCAUUGAAGGUGGAGAAUGUGGUCGAUUUCUGUUGGUCACCAACCGACCCACUGUUGUCCCUCUUCGUUCCUGAAGGUGGUGGUGGCAACCAGCCUGCCAGGGUUAGCUUGGUGUCCAUUCCUAGCAGAGAGGAAUUGCGACAGAAGAACCUCUUCAGCGUCAGUGACUGCAAGAUGUAUUGGCAAAGCAAUGGCGAGUACUUGGCUGUGAAGGUCGACCGCUACACUAAGACCAAGAAGAGUACCUACACUGGUUUUGAGCUUUUCCGUGUGAAGGAACGUGAUAUUCCUAUCGAGGUUCUUGAACUUGAGAACAAGAACGACAAGAUUAUCGCUUUUGCAUGGGAGCCGAAGGGUCAUCGUUUCGCUAUCAUCCAUGGCGAUGGGCCUCGACCCGACAUUUCUUUCUACUCUAUGAAGGGACGCGUGACUAAGCUCACUACCCUGAAGGGAAGACAAGCGAAUGCUCUGUACUGGUCCCCACUUGGGCGGUUCAUCAUUCUUGCUGGCCUAAAGGCCUACAAUGGUCAGCUUGAGUUCUACAAUGUGGAUGACCUGGAGACAAUGGCGACAGCUGAGCACUUUAUGGCCACGGAUGUCGACUGGGAUCCUACUGGCAGGUUCUGUUCAACUUCAGUGACAUCUGUUCACCAGAUGGAGAACGGUUUCAAUAUAUGGUCAUUCCAAGGAAAGCUGUUGUACCGUCUGCCAAGGGACAGAUUUUUCCAGUUCUUGUGGCGCCCAAGACCUCCCACACUUCUCACUCCUGAGGACGAAGCUGAGAUAGCCAAGAACUUGCGCAAGUACAGCAAGAAGUACGAGGCUGACGAUCUCGCAAGAUCUCUGGAGGGCACCGAGAGGGAUACUGAGAAUCGCCGCAAGCUUGUGGACGAGUGGAAAUCCUGGGUCGCCCAAUGGAAAGCAGCACAAGAGGAGGAGAAAGAGGAUCGCCUCAUCCUUCGUGACGGUGUACCGAGUGACACAGAGGAAGACUACGAAGCGGAAGAAGUGGAAGUAGAAGAGAUCAUCAACAUUGAAGAGGAAGUUAUUGCAUUCGGAUUCGACAAUCAGGACUGAUUUUGCAUAGAAUUGCAGCCUGGUCACAGGUUUUUGUAGCUCAGUUUGUUCAAUUUGCUCCAACCGCAUCUUACUUUGAAACGCUGAAGAUGUGGACAAAGCAAGCUACGUUAACAUCUUUACAGAUUCGCUAGCUAUUUUAGAUGGUAGAUUCUUUGUUCGUGUGUAGUUCAGAAAGGGCUUUCUUCUUUGUUAUGUACUAUGCCAUCCGUGAAUGAAACAAUGAAGGUUUUUGCCUUAAACCUUCGAUGUUCCCAAAU